UUUUUUACAUUUUCUUGCAUGUUCGCAAAGCGCGCCUCAUUCUCCAAUCUGUCUUUAGGAUAAUAGACUUUCCCUUUGGCACAACAAGACACAUAGCCCAUCAUACAUUAACACGCGCUCAGAGGUAUAUUUCUUUGGUUGGAUUCUGAUUUAAAUUUACUUUCGAUCGCGGUUUUGAAUCGCCAAUAAAGCCUAAGAAAGAGCAGAAUUAUUGACAACAUUCAGCUCUUGUUACUCUCAAUCAACAACCUCCUCAAAUUUACAUCUAUUUCGACAAUACGCUUUUCCUUUCAAAAUGUCUUCUUCUGAUGAUGAUAUGCCUUUGGCAAGAACAAAUGGAACCAAUGGCAAUGGUGAGUAACAAACACUUUUCUCCCCUUCCGUUACAGCCUAAACGGCCGUUUUCUACUCGACCUUCCCGACCUCCCAACCCCUCAGCUUUACAACUUUGUCGGAUUGAUUUUAUCUCAGCUUAACAUGUUCUAAUUUCUAUUCACAGUUUCGCAAGCUCGUAUAUCGAAAACUGUCGAUAAGGCCAUGGACAAGGCUGUCGCAAAUGCGAAGAUUGCCUCCGUAGGAAUUUCUAUUCGCAAUGGACCUGUUUUGGACGAUCCUAUGGAUGUGGAUGGACCUGCAACAAAUGGCGCUUCCAAGCGAAAGUCACGAUCAAGCAUUGCUAAUGGGAAGCCCAUAAAUUAUAAGGUGGAUGGAAGCGGCAGCGAAAGUGAGGAGGUGCCAUUGGUAUGUCGAUUUUUAGUUUCAGCAUUCAAGCAUAUGAUGUCUUUCAUGAUGCACGAUCUUACCACUAGGCGGUAUACUGAUGAUGCAUUAGGCGAAACGACAAAGAACAUCCAAGAAGAAAGCCGUGGAUUCCGAUUCAGAUGAUGACAUGCCUUUGGCUGGCAGGCGCAAUUCGAGGUUGCCCCCCAAAGCUUCUGCGACUGCGAUCGGAGAAUCAUCUUCAGACGAUGAGCCGCUCACCGUUAAACUUUCCAAGGAAAAGGCUUCCAUCGAAAGACAUGCUGAUAAGGAAGCUAAAGCCAUACGAGCGAAGAAGGCAGCUCCAAAGAAGGUCGUCAAGAAAGAGGAUUCCGAUAGCGGUGAGGAUGUCGCACCUAAAAGGCGAAAGCCCAAUGGUGUGGCUCCUGUGAAAUCGUCGGCGAAGAAGACUAAUGGUGUAAAGAAAGAGGAAUCUGAUUCAGAUGCACCUCUUGCUAAGAGGACAGCUCCAAAAAAGACAAAUGGCAAAGUCAAACCUGAGCCAGACACAAAGAAAGCCAAAGCCAAGAAGGAUGAGAGCGAAGAAGCAGAUGAGGUUUACCGUUGGUGGGAUGCACCCAAAAAGGAAGAUGACAGCAUCAAGUGGGAGACAUUGGAACACAAUGGCGUUGUUUUCCCUUCAGAAUACGAGCCACUUCCGAAGAACGUUAAAUUGAGAUAUGAUGGGAUUCCGCUUACUUUGUCUCUCGAGUCAGAAGAAAUCGCAGGCUUUUUCGGCGCUAUGUUGAAUUCAACCCAUAAUGUCGAGAAUCCCACUUUUCAGAAGAACUUCUUCAAGGAUUUCACCGAUUCGGUCAAGAAAACCGGAGGUGCCAAGGAUAAGGACGGAAACAAGGUCGCCAUCAAGGAGUUUAGUAAGCUCGACUUCAAGCCAAUUUUUGAGUAUUAUGAUGGCAAGAGUACCGAGAGGAAAGCUCGGUCUGCCGCUGAGAAGAAGGCCGAGAAAGCGGCUAAGGAUGAGGCCGAAGCUCCAUAUAAAACUUGCAUCUGGGAUGGACGCAAGGAGGAUGUGGGCAAUUUUCGUGUUGAACCUCCUGGACUAUUCCGUGGUCGUGGUGAGCAUCCAAAAACCGGUAAGGUCAAGCUCCGAGUCACCCCAGAGCAAAUCACGAUCAACAUCGGCAAAGAAGCUACAGUGCCUUCUCCUCCUGAAGGCCACAAAUGGAAAGCCAUUCAACAUGACAACAAGGCUACUUGGCUUGCUAUGUGGCAAGAAAACAUCAAUGGUGCUUACAAGUAUGUCAUGCUUGCAGCUAAGAGUAGCAUCAAGGGCCAGAGCGAUUACAAAAAGUUUGAAAAAGCUCGUGAGUUGAAAGAGCACAUUGAUCGAAUCCGAAAGGAUUAUACUCAAGAUCUUCAUGCUGAACUUAUGGCUGAUCGGCAAAGAGCCACCGCAGUUUACCUCAUUGAUAAGUUUGCCUUGCGUGCUGGUAAUGAAAAGGAUGCGGAGAAUGAAGCGGAAACAGUUGGAUGUUGUUCUUUGAAAUAUGAGCACGUCACUUUGAAACCCCCUAAUACCGUCAUUUUUGACUUCCUGGGAAAGGACAGUAUCCGAUUCUACGAUGAGGUAACAGUUGAUCCUCAAGUUUUCAAGAACCUGAAGAUCUUCAAAAAGGCCCCAAAGAAGAAUGGUGAUGACAUUUUUGAUCGACUUAAUGUAAGUACAAGUACUGUGCUUCAUUUGGAAAAUUACUGACAAUUGCAGACCACACAAUUGAACAAGCACUUGACGAAUUAUAUGCCAGGUUUAAGUGCCAAGGUAUUCCGUACUUACAACGCCUCUUGGACUAUGUCGGAUCUCCUAAAGAAGCUCAAGAACAGUGACAUUUCCAUGCAAGAAAAAAUCAAGCUGUACAACGAUUGCAAUCGCAAAGUUGCCAUUCUUUGUAACCACAAGCGUACUGUUGGUGCUAGUCAUGAGGCUGCAAUUGAGAAAAUGGAUGAUGCAGUCAAGGGUCUCAAAUAUCAGAAGUGGCGCCUCAAGCAAAUGAUUCUCGAUGUCGAUCCAAAGCAGAAGAAGAAGAAGGGUGCUGAUUGGUUCGCCUUAGAUGAAGAGCUUGAUGAAGCUUGGAUUCAAGAGCAUCAAGCCUUUCUCGUUGCCCAGGAGCGGAUCAAGAUCGAAAAGAAAUUCGCAAAGGAGAAUGAGAAACUCGUAUCCGAAGGUCAAAAAGAAAUGAAGACAAAAGAGCUUAACGAGCGACUCCAAGCUGCCACAGAUCUGGAGAAGAAAUUCAAAAAGGAAAAUAAGUCGAAGAAAGUUGAGGCUGAAGGCAAAGGACCCAGCGUCGACAAGUUCGAGGCCAACAUCACGAAGAUUGACGAAAGAAUCGCCAACAUGCUUCUCAAGCGUGAAGACCGAGAGGGUAACAAGGAGGUUGCGCUCGGUACUAGUAAGAUUGUGAGUUUUUUUUUUAAUGAAAUGAUUGUAAAAUUUACAGCUAAUAUUUCAGAAUUAUAUCGAUCCACGUCUCACUGUCGUCUUCUCCCAGAAGUUUGACGUACCUAUCGAAAAGUUCUUCUCCAAGACUCUCCGUGAAAAGUUCGCUUGGGCUAUCGAUUCUAUCAAGGACGAGGAUGAUUGGGAAUUCUAAAUCAGAGAUUCCACCCAAAUUUUCAGCAGCUUUUCCAAUAUAAAUUCGGACUUCGAACUUCUUAUUGCUUGUGUUUCAAUAGAACAUUUAUCAAUUAUUGCAUUUACGAAUCGCGGCAUUGCAUGGUAUAACUUUUUCUUGCAUACCUAAAGGCUGGCUUGGGGUAAGUGGAAGACCGUUAGGGAAUGAGAAGGAUAGGAUCUCCCAGAAUCAAAGUGCAAAAGAUUUAUUUCUUCUCGCAUUGAUUGCUGCUGCUUACCUGGCGUUCACUGGGGCUUGUCACAAACUCCCUUUUUUACCAUUGCACAUCAACAGCGACAGCGACAGCGCAAAUUAUCAAAAUAUUCAGGCUCACUGCCAUCUUAUCAUAGUCAUAGCUGUACAUAAUCUUUACAUACUUUUGCAGUAAAGUAGAGCAGAUCAAAAAGAUAACAUUCAUGGACCC